AUGCCGAUAGACACAAGAGCAAUGGUAGCCCGCGCGAGAGAUCGUGCAUUCGAGUCUUGGCAGGAAGCUGUGAUGGCAAGAGUGACUCCAGAUAAUACUUUCACAAGGCAAAUGAAACGACGAAUUCAACGUGCUAAAAGAAGACACCUGAAAGAAAUAAAAGCGUACAUAAAGGAACGUCAGAAGGCUGAGAAACGCAUAGAAAGAGCUUUGAAGAGAGAACAAGCGAAGAAGAAACGCGAGGCAGCAAAGAAGGAACGAGAGGAAGCGAAGAGAAAACGAGAAGAGACCGAAGAUACCGAUGAGAAUUGGAGUGAUGGAAAUUUGUCAAGUACAGACUCACUAGGAUCGGUUACGAAAAAUAAUAAGAAUAUUUGGGAGGAUAUUGAGCAGUUGGAAGGGAUAUUUUCACUGGUGUGA